AUGUUGAGCAAACAGCUGAACGACCUCCGUGUGCAGAAGCGGGUCCAAGUGUUUGAAGAUAGGAACAUAGACAAGCUGACCAGGAACAAAUAUAGCCUAUUUAGGAACGUGUACAAAAAUGUGAUCGUGUCCCCAGCGCAUGCAGAAUCAUUAAAGAGUUGCCUGCGCAAGUUGAUAGACAUAAACAAAUCAUUUAGGCGGUUUGAGAAAUUGUUCUACCUGGAGGAGAGCGAUGUGUUGCACAGUUUUUACGACCAUGAAGGGAUGGAAGAGAAGCUUAUGGAGGGGGAGUAUCAAAAUGGGGGUACAGGAAAUGAUAAAAUUGAUACCAGUUUGGAUGACCAAGUUUACCGGAAGCACCGAGAAUUCCUGACAGAGGAAGAACAAAGCUUGAUCUUCAAAAAAGUGAAAUCAUUUCUAAGGCUGUGCUCCAUUUAUGCGAAUAGAAAAGAAGUGAAAAUCCUGAUCGAGUUUUUAAUAUACAAGUACGAAAUAAAUGUGAAAUGCAGCGAAGACAUUUUGCUGUGUAUUUUACCCAACCUUUCCUUGGCACACGUGAGCAACAUUUUGGAGAUUAUCUAUAUAGAAAAGAGUUCUGCCUUUUUCUUCAUAAAUAACUUCAAGCACGAGGAUCUGAAAAAUGUCGACCAAUCCGUGUUUGUUCAUCACAUAAAGAGGAACAUAUCCAUAUAUAAAAUUAUCUUCGAGUAUGUGGUGGAGUUGAUAUAUAGCAGUGACGUUGCUACGGUUGACGCCUCCGCGCCGCAAAGCCCCAACAGUGCGACAAUCCCGUAUGUGCACUUCUUCAUCUCAGUGACGGAAGAUAUCAUCCACAGCUACAUCGACAUACCUGUUCAGAUAAUUGAAUUCUUCUGCAACGUGUUGCUCGUACUGUUGAGAAGAUGUGGAAAGUCCUUCGAGGUGAUCAAGUGCGCACAUAGCAAGUGGGAAAAGAACGACUAUGUCACCCCACACAUGGCUCACUCUGUGGCCACUCUCCAAAUCCACCACUGCGUAGAUUUUCUGGAGAAAUUUGUGAAAACCUUCGAGGAGGCAAUUGGAAAGUGCAAAACGGGGUUCAACUUUGACUUUUUGAAGAACAAAAUUUUUGCCUUUUUUGACAGAAAGUUUUUAUCAUCGCUGGAGGGUGGGGGAGCAACGUGGAUGGGAGGAGAAGACCGAAUCACCCAUGAUGUGUCACCCCAUGCCAGAUUUAUGCGUUCUUUACUUGUCCUUUUAAACAUAAUUUACAAAAAUGCGCAUCAUAUAUCCCUCGCCAGCUUUGUUAAGGAGGAACAGGCAGAUAUGGGGGCAACUCCACAACGGGAGAGACUCACAUCGGAACACCAAAUAGAUGAGAAAGUCAUGCAAGGCAUAAUAAAUUUUGCAAAGGAAAACAAAAAAAACUGUUUCGACAACAAUAUAAACGCCAUCAUACAGGAUCACCAGGCUCUGCAAAGUUUGAUGAACCUCCUAUACAAGCUUAACAGCACCUACGAAGUGACAGACAAUUUGUUAAAAAUCGUGUUAAUAAAGAGCUAUGCUUUGAAGCUUAAUUGGUUUUCCAUAGAACAAAUAUUUUGGCAAACGCUUAGGAGUAAACAAAAUUACGUGUUCAACAUAAUCGCCAUGAUAAAUUUUAUAUCAUUUUAUAUUUUCUUAAUAAAAUCAAGGGAGUACGAAUUGGAUGAAGGGAUCUCUGAAGGUUCAAAGUUGAAGAAAAGUGUAGAAUCGUUACGCACGAGGAAUAUUGUAGAAGCAUUUCUGGGGAAGGUAUCCCAUGCGAACUCCCUUCACCCAGAGGUUAUAAUACGAAGUGAACACUUGUACCACAUUGUUAAAUUUUUCCUAAAGGAAAAUAACGACCUUUUUAAGAAAAAAAUUAUUUUGUUCGAACUGUAUAGCAAAAUAGACGAGCGUUUACUAAGGCUGAUUAAGGGGGCUAAUAACAAACUUCACCGCCUGCACAUUUUCAACGCCCUUGGUAAUGACAAAGUCGAUUUAAACAACCCUGAAGUGGUGGAGCGGGCCGUCAGGACUGUUAAGUACAUGUAUGACCACCGAAUGGGCAGCGAUACUUCAGCGGAAUUGACUGUAGAAGAACCAACCGAUUGCACAACCGGCGAACCGUCCGAGGAGGUGUCAUUUUCCCUUGGAACAAUAAAAAAAGGAAAGAAUUUUUCCAAAUCAAAGAGAAAUAUCGAGUGCCUGUACGCGAAAAUAUUCUACCAGUUGAGACAAAAUAAAAUUCAGUGCAUGGAUUACUUGAAGAAGUACGAACAAGAACUAAUAUAUUUUUUCCCGUCCAAAAAGUAUUUAUACCGCAUAAUGUUUGACACUUUCAAUGAACUGAAGAAUCGCAACUUUUGUGAAAUUGACAGUCAGAGAAAUACGACGUUUCUGAAAUUUUAUUUGAAGUUAUUUAUAAUCAAACUUAGCAAGUUGGAAAUGAAAAAUAAUGUGAAAUUGCAAAAUGAAAAAUUUUUUAAAAAAUUCAUCAAUGUCAAUUUUGCCUUUUUUUUCGUCCUUUAUGAUUACCUACAAAAUAAGCACCUCUACCCGAACAAUUCCUUCUUUUCGAGAAAUAUUUUAUCUGGCAGUUUCAAACUGGUAGAGCAGUUUUUAACAUUACUAAUAAGGUUGAAAGACGUUCAGGGUUACACAUUUGAGGAGUUCUUCCAAGCAGAAUUGAAGCAGCGCCGCUGCCAAAAUAUCAAGGGGGUUAUAAGACACAGUAUUCCUUUCAGGGCACUCAUACUUUGCAGAAUUGUGCGCUACUUGUCGACGGAAGUGGAAAACUCCUUAGGGGAGUAUAUAGGUGGGAGCGUACUGGACAGGGGACAAGUGAAAGAUUGUCUGGUGGAAGGCAACUCACUUCCUGCAGAUGACUUAAAACGUUUCCUCCUGAAUGUCCUCAAAUGUGUAUUCAAAUACCUCGAGGACGUCAGCUGUAUUAGAGAAGAAUCGGAGAGCCGCAUCUACAAAAGCAUUGAGGAGUCGUUUCAAAAAACCAUAUUACAAUUUAGAAGGAUAAAUUCAUCAGUGACUUUUUACCUGUACUGUAAAUAUAUAAACACAUUUUUCCUGAGCGACGCAUACAUCCAAUUUGUGUUGAAGACCUUGGACCUCUUCUUCUGCAUUUUCAAAAUUGAAAAAACGAAGAAGUAUAUAAAGGACAGAAACAUAUGCAAAACAAUCAUUGAGGAAUUGUUUCGAAUGAAAUUAAAAUUAUUUAAAAAUUUUAAUUUGAAGUCGUUUUACCAAAGUUUUCUCCUGUCAAUUAUGAUGGUCAUAUUUCCCGACAUAGCAAAUUCUCAACGGCACGCGAGUAUGAUGAGUCUUGCAAAAAAAAGUUGUCACGAUGGUUCCUUUGCCAUUGAUUAUUUUCUCAUUAAUAAGCUGUUUGAAAAGGACAAGGGGAAGAAAUGCGAAGGAAUUUUUCAUUUGUUAGAAGACAACCAGAAGGAACGGGGGGUCCUCCCCCAUGUACAGCACGGCGGGGAGAUGAGUACCUCCAACCAGGGAGAUCAACCCAACAACACACCAUCACAACCUUCAAAUGAAUACAGCGUUACGCACUUCUUUGCAAAUCGCAAAAGGAACAGGAAAAUGGGUAUAAACUAUGAAGAAAAGAAAUACUACUUGUUCAUUUUCGCAUACCUAAGUAGGCCCUUUUUUGAUACCUUUCUGUCUCACUUCCAUAAUUUCUAUCGCAAAAAUUAUAUAUAUGGGGAGUUCUUGCAGGAAGCUUUAGUACGAGCCUUUUUGAGAAAAAUUAUGCGUAGAAAUUCAUACCCUUAUAAAAUUACCAAAAUAUAUAAGGCCAUAUUGGGCGCUAAAUGUGACGCAUCCCUGAAGAAGAGGGAACUAUUUCUCUUCCUUCAUCUGGUCGAUUUUUACGUCAACGCUUUGGAGAAUGCGACUAUGAAGAGGGGCAAGCGGGGGGGCAGGAAAAAAGGUGAGCAAGUCCCAACGGAGAAAAGCCUCCCCAAUGAGAAUGGCACCAUGAGUGCGAUGACUAGUUGGAUGAACUACUUCACUGGAAAGGACAACAGCAGCGCAAACAAGGCGAAUGAAUCCACAUACGUAUCGGAGAAACUCCUCAAAAAAGUGAAUUUACAAAAUGUCCAAAUGCGGGGAUGCUCAGACACGCAGACAUUUAAUAGCAAGAAAAAAAUUAAAAAAAUUAAGUACAAAAAUAUAGUGAACGAACCAGCAGGGGAAGAAGCGGACAAAACAUUUUUCCAAAAUCUGAAAGGAUUUUUUAAGUACCAUGAAAAUCUGUUCGCAAAUUCAUAUUUCAAAAAAGAAUUAGAAAUAAAGGCCGUCUGUGAAGGGAUAAUAUACCAGGUCAUAAAAUUGAAGAACAGGUAUAUAACAAUCCAGUUGCUUUGUAUUAGAAACUUUGCCACCAGCUCCCUGUUCACAAAAGAUUUACAGUCCUACAUUGAUAAAUUAGAAAUAGCAAACUUGAUGCUGUUUAAGAAAUUGUUUUCCAACAAAGCGCAUCACGAUUAUCACUCCAUUUUGCUCAUGUGCAAAAAUGUUAGUAGUGUAAAGGAGAGGAACAAAAUAUUGCUAUUCAUGGAGGAGCAGAUGAUACAGGUCGGCAAGGAACAAGGCACCUCCGCGAGUCACAUGGCUAUCCUUAAAAUUGUAAUUGCUCUGUCGGAUAGCGUUGCAAGAGGCAGUGGAAGUGGAGAGGCGCCCGUGGAGGACCCCUACCAAGCCCAGUUCGUGGAAACCCACAUCAGAAUAUUUAAAAAAAUUGCAAAAUACGCACAAAUAAGUGAUGUCAUGUUUUUGAAGCUACUAAAAUAUAUAAGCAACAUUUGCAGCCUCGUAUAUGAAGUCCCCGAGCUGGUAGCGCAGCACUUUUCGCUCACUGGAAAUAAUUUCCUUUUCGACGUUGUUGCCUUUUUCGAAAAAAAUUUGUUUUAUCUGUGUGAGGAUGUUACAGCCCAUUUGAAGCCCCUGGCGCACAUUUUGGACAAAACGAUUAAGAGGAAGAUUUUCCUCUUUGUAAGGGCCAAACACAUGGCUGCCGCUGCCGAUGCUGAGAUGGAGGGGGAAGGCAUAGGAAAUUUACGCCCCAAUUCUGAUGCCCAUGCAGAUCCACACAGUGGCCACCAUAACGCAAACGGAGAUAAUCGCAGAGGCGGGAAUAUGCCCACUUUAGCAAUUCGCUCAAAUGACUCUACAAAAGGCUACGGACACGAAGUCAUGGCGGAAGCCGAAUUAGCAGAAGAAGGAGUAAUUUGGAAAGCGUACAAUGGAAGUGUAAGCCCCACCCUCGGAUUACCAACCAUGGAGAUGAGCGAAGCACAGCACAUGGUCAGACACUACCACCUCCACACCUUUGCUUACAUUUGCACAUUUAUUAACCGCAUAUUUAAGAACGAAAUAAAUUUAGAGCACUUCACGGUCAUAGUCAAUAAUUUAAUUUUCCUCUUCAACAAAAAAUACACAUCGUAUGUUAUAGCCAUUUGCCUCAUAAAUAUAAUAAUAAAAAUUAAGUUGGAAAAAUUACAUGCAUGUAGAAAUUAUCUGCUCGAAAUUUGCCACGUCUACUUUACCAGCGAUUUAGAUUAUUGUAUUAAUAAUCACUUGUUGCUACUUCUGGGAUUGUAUCUCUGUCCACACACACCUGAGAAGGAUGAAUUGGUGGACGGAUCGCGCAAGUCACACGGGGAUGAUCACACAAGUGGGGGAGACACUCCACCUAAAACGGCUAAUAUACAUGCCCCGUACGAAGACUUAAGCACGAUUUACCCAGAGUAUGUAUUAUCCAAGCUGAAGUACUUCAAGCCACAUCUGAAGAAAGUUAAGAAUAAUCAGAAUCUGUGUCUCAAAAUAAUUUCCCUCAUAUCUAUAGUUAACACACUGAACAGAAAUGCAAUAAAAUCUAUUUCAUAUUUUAUUUACAUUAUGACCCUACAAAAUUUUGUACUCUGUUUUUGCUUCGCCAAAGAUAAAGCCAUUAACAGGAAGCUGAAUAUCCUCUUUAAGAAAUUUUCAUUUAGAAACACCGAUACAUUUAUCUGGGCCUACGUGUUGAAUAAUUUCAAAAUGGGGGGGGUCAUUUCUGAGAGAGGAGAUGCAAUCGUUGGUAAAUCCUCUAACGAUGCUAAAUCGAGGGGCCUCCACUUCGAGGAGCUAUUCAUACUCAAAUUUUUACAAAACCUGAACAAGCUAAAGGACAACAUGAAAUUUGAAGAGGGAUACAAAAAGUUUCUACGAUGCAGAGAGAAGACAAACAACCAUGGCACAGACUCACAAAACAGUGCAGCUCAAUCCGAGGAACAUUUCCUCUUUGAUAUUUUUAAUGACCUAUUAAAAAAGGAAACAUAUGAUGAAAACGAAAUUAGUAGCAUUAUGAAAAAAAGUCUGUUCCACUUUUAUGAAUUCCUAAUAAAUAAAAUGCUCACGGUGAAUUCUGUCAAGUACCCAAACCUGUUUAAAGAAAUGUCUAUUUUCAUGAACCAGAAAUUGAACACCGGAACGGACGUGAAGCCAAUAUUUGACGCCCUCAUUUAUUUCCUAUACACUAGGAAAAAUGAAAAGGCCAUCGCGUCACUCAAUCAAAUGUAUAUUUAUAACAUGUUCAAUAAGGCCUUAUUCAAAAUUUAUGUGGAUGAUUGUACGAAGAUAAUUAUCAUUUCCAAGGUGAACGAAAUUUUGAGGACCCUAUUUGAACAGAUCUACUUCAUCGUAGCGAAUGAGCAAAAGAACAGGUGUAGUAGUGCUGCUCUGCUACAUGGGGACCCUUCUGAUGAAGCGGAGAUAAUUUCCUUAAAUGAUCUGCAAGGAGAUACGGAGGGGGACAUUCGCGGUACAGACAAUAUGCCAAUUGACAAUGCAACUUUUAAGGGACCAUUUUCUGGAAAAGCGAAAAAGAAGAGAACCUUCUCUAGCGAAAUGGACAUGAUAAAUGAUGAAUACAGAAAGUAUUGUGAGCGCGUGGGUCGUUUAAGCAAAGGGCCACUCAGGGAAAAAACAAGCGUUGAUAUGCAAAACAAUAAUGCGUUUCUUGAAGGGGUUGACCAAGCAGAUAAGAACUCCACAUACCUGUCCGAUGCGGAAUCGAUCGACUUGUAUUCCACGCUGAGUGAUAAUAAUGAUGAUGAGGAGGAUGAUAAUGACGGGGGUAACAACUCAGAGUGCACCGAACAGGAAAGCGUAGGAAAAGGUACAAAAUGGAGUGACGCCCAAAUUGCACACAUAAAAAAUACAAACAAGAUGAAAGAUCUGAACAGCAUUUUACUUCUGGACCUCUACCCCCUGAACACAAUAGUGAAGUGUAUAUCGUCGGUGCUGCUUAACUUCCCGCUUUUCACGAAAAAACACCUGAUUGAGUUAUUCAGAAUUAUGUUUUUAAAAAAUAAGCAUUACAUUCUAAUCAAUGAGAAGAAUGUCCUACAAAAUAACUUAUACAAUUUGAACAAAGCAAACAAAAUGAAGCAUAUUGGCAAAGUAAUGAUGAAUCCAUUGAAGAAACUAAACAUGUAUCACUUAUUUUUUAUUUUUUCAAAUAAUCAUUUGGAACUUUGCUUAAAGCAUGUAGUGAGGUACUUCAAGAAAAACUUCCUCCAUGUGGCGAAGAGGAAAACAACAUACAGCUAUAACGAAUCCGUCAUUUUGAACAACGCUCUAUUUGUUUAUCAACAUUUGGUCAUUUUUCAAAGCAGCUUAUCUACCUCCAAUAAGGGAAGCUCCGAUUUAGGGUUGACAUUACUCUUCUCUAUUAUAAAGGCUCACUUUAAGAAUUGUGCCAAGUAUGUUACCAGUCUCGUUCAUAAAUGGGGAGAUAAAAUAGAAAAGCUUAACGGAGAACAUUUCUUCACUUAUUACAGUAACCACUCCGAUGCAGGAAAAAGGACAAGUGCACUAACCGUGGAUCUAAGAAUUGAGGAAGAGAACAUUGUGAAGUCUUUAGUGUACACCUCAACCAAAAUGAAAAUGUCUUCCUUGGGAAACCUAUUUGAUAAACUUCUAGCAUCAUUCGAGAACCCAAAUUUUGAAUCCAAAUCGAGUUCCCUCCUGGAUAGCUACAAAACUGUCUACGAGAGGAGAAUUUAUUUCCUCUACUUUUACAGACUGUAUCAAAAUUUUGGUUCCGUCUUGAGUGAGAAGAAUAAGUACCUUUUCGACCUCCUGAACAAUAUCAAAUUUGUGCUACUUGCAUGCCAUAGGAAUUCUUGCCAGUUGGGUUCCUCCAGCGCAACGCAAGAGGCCGCCAAAGGAGAUGAUACUAACUCUGCGUGCGAAGAUACCCAUGAGGAUGCUCUCCAAAGGGAUACUAAUUACAACGUCGAGUAUACUACCACUGUGGAGGGAACGAAACGAAGGAAGGUAAAAAAAGGAGUGGCUAUCAGAAGCACUUGGUAUUGGUUUGACCUGGGUUACUGCACUCUCCUAUGUCUGUAUGAAAUUCUAAAAAAUGAAAAAAAAAAUCAGAAAAAUUUUACCCCCAUAUUUUACGAAACCUGUUUCGAUUAUGUUAUAAAUUGCUUCGAUAUUUUCGCAUACCUUCCAAGAGUGCACGCAAACGAUGAAUUUAAAAACAGCAUCAACGAAGACGUCAUACGAUAUAGCGAACACUUGGACAUAAAAAUGGUUUCUAUUGCCCUCCUCGACAUUUUAAAGCUAAUGCUCUUUGAACUAUACUCCUUAUAUAUAAAUGACCCAGAAAAAAUACAAAUCAUGACCAUGAGACUUUCCUUAAAAAAUGAAAAUAACAACACGAGCAGUAAUGUUACCCUCUCCAUUAUACUGACUUUGAAAUAUAUCUUUGACACUAUUGGGUAUAGGGAAUUGCUCUUUGCCGUCACAGAUUUGUAUCAGCUAUUUUCAGAACUGAAUGAUCAUCCUGAUGACGAAAUUGAAUUUGUCACCAAAGAGUGGUUCGCUUCGAUAAGUAAAUUCUCGGCUGAGGGGUGA